AGCAGCUCUUAAAUUCUUCUCGUAGGAACUCUCCAUGAUAAUUAUAUAAUAUAUUAUUAUGGAAAGAGGAAAAAGAAACUUGUUCCGAAACAAUCGUAUUAUGAGAGAGCCACCUCUAAUUAUCAAGCCUCCAAAAAAACCCGACCAUGAAUACAAGCGACGUGGUCUGCUCGGUGAGGGUGGUUUUGGAAGGUGUUAUGAAGUGGAGACUAAAGAGGGUAAGAUACUCGCCGUUAAAGUUGUAGACAAAGCUUCAUUAAGAAAUCCAAAAAAUAAAGACAAGCUUCUUAGCGAGAUUGCUAUACAUAAAAAGCUGGAUCAUCCUCAUAUUGUUAAAUUUUACGAUUGUUGCGAAGAUCAAUCAUUUGUGUACUUAUUGAUGGAGCUUUGUGAAAAUAAGACAUUAGCCUAUAUGAAUAAAAAACGGCAACGUUUGACCGAACCUGAAGUUCGAUAUUUUAUGCUCCAACUUCUUAAUGCGUGUGAAUAUAUGCAAAGUCAGUAUGUGAUUCAUCGUGAUCUCAAGUUGGCGAAUUUGUUUCUUUCAAAGGACAUGAAAAUCAAAAUUGGGGAUUUUGGAUUAGCGGCACAGCUGGAAUGUGAGGGUGAAAGGAAAAAGACGAUAUGUGGUACUCCAAAUUAUAUCGCGCCCGAAGUUUUAUUUGACCGAACGAAUGGUCAUAGUUUUGAGGCUGACAUAUGGUCAUUAGGCGUUAUCAUGUACACAUUACUAUUCGGAAGACCACCUUUCCAGACUGAUGGGGAGGUCGAUCAAAUUUACAGGAGAAUCAAAGAAUUAAAAUAUGAAUUCCCAUCUCAUAUUACUGUCUCAAAGGAAGCAAAGAAAUUGAUUAAUCUAAUGCUAAUUUUGGAACCAGAGAAACGACUGACUAUUCAACAGAUUUUGAAUCAUGAGUUUUUUAGUUUAGGGAUGACACCAACAACGAUUCCAGUGUCCGCAUUAAAUAUUGCUCCUUGUUUUGAUGUUCCUCAAUUAAACAAACCUGCCAAUUAUUCAAUCUCUACCAGACAUCCACUGAAGACGCUAGUUAGCAAUAACUUAAAUACGGCUAUUGCUGGACAAGGGAAAAAGUUACCCGCUAAAAAAUCUAUAGAGCCUGCUUUGAAAAAGCAUACCGUUCAAUCCGAAGAUAAAAAUAAACAUGAUAAUGAAAAAAAUUCCACAGCAUCGUCCUCUAAUAAGACUGAACAGAAGAAACGAAUUAUAAAGUUAACAGCUAAAAAAACCGAUCUGAAGAAGCCAAUCGUUAAAUCUGAAGAUAAAAUUAAAAAAGUUGAUGUUAAAAACUCUGGUCCAUCAUCCGCUAAUCAGAAGCCCGGGUCUGCUGAGUCUAAAUCUUCAGUUAAGCCUGAAGAAAAAGCAGGUAAGUUGAAUGAUGCAACUCCUCAUCAAGAUAAAUUACGAACUGGCGUCCUUGAAGCAAUAUUAAAUACCCUUGAAAUAUCAUUUAGGACAAUUCUUGAUCAAGAAAAUGCCAAAAAUAUAAUAUGUAACGAUAUAACACCUACGCCAAAUGUAUUUGUAAAUAAAUGGAUUGAUUAUUCAAAUAAAUACGGAAUGGGCUACCAAUUGACUGAUAGUUCUGUGGGUGUACAUUUUAACGAUAAGACAACGUUGAUAAUGUCUCCUAAUGGAAGUAAUUUCGAAUACAUUUACAAUAAUCGAAUCUCCUCAACUUCAAUAAUUCCAACACGUAAAUCAUACUUAGUAGCUGAUUGUCCUAAAGUUUUGCAAAAGAAAAUGUACUUGUUGAGAAACUUUCGUAAUUAUAUGAAUGAAACCCUUUCGAGAAGGACACAUUCAUAUACUUUCGUUGAUAAAGAUCGAACUCAUAAUAUGGAAUUUCUCACGAAAUUUAAAAGAACACCGCACGCAAUGAUGUUCAGGCUGAGCAAUCGCAUUGUACAGGUUAAUUUUUUUGAUCACGUGAAAAUUGUGAUAUCAGAGGAAGGGAAUGUUAUAACAUAUAUUAAUGAGGCAAAUGAAUUAAAGACUUAUACAAUCACAAAUUUUUUGAAAAUUUCUAAUUCCGUGGAAGUGAAUCGAUUGAAAUAUGUGAAGGAUGUCUUGAAAAAAUUAGUAGAUGCAGCACAUAAAACUAAAAAGUCACCAGAAAAAUAGAUUUGUAAUUAAUUUUUUAUAAUUUAAAAUAUAAUUUAAAUACAUUUAUGUGGAAAGUCGAAUAUUGGAAUAAUAUGGUCUUUUAAACAAUGUAUAAUUCUUACAACCUCAAAAUAAAGGAACUCAAGCAAGGCUUAGUGGGUAGAGAGUGGCUUUUUCCUUUUUGAUUUCUCUAAUAGCAAUAAACUUUAAAUCCUGUAACCUGCAUAACGUUUUUGU